UAGAAAUGGCUGCUCGGUAAAACUUUGGCCCCUAUUAUGAGCAACAUUCGAUCUUCGACUGUAGUCGAAAGUGCUGAUCGAACGAAUUUUCAUUUGGUAUUAUGGUGCUCAUUCGUUGAAGAAUAGGACUAUUGUGAAUUUCGAUCGCUCGACGCAUUUACAAUAGAUAAUUUUUUCUCAGCUGAUACAGCAAAUCAAAAUAAAAGAAAAACCGAUUGUGUUGGAAUUCUUUGCUAACAUUAUUUUUAAAAGGUAAAAAAAGUAUUUUUUGUGAAAAUGAGUACAACGGAGUUGUGGUUCGACGAUUCAUCGGACGAUGAAAUAUUAGUGGAACUAGCUAGAAGUAGAAAACAGUUGAGGGACGCAUCCAACCACCUAGAAAUGGCUUCCACUGAAUUUUUAAAGAACUUUAGAUUAUCUAAAGAGCCGUUUGUGAACCUACUGUCCAGUACAGAAAACCAGUUGCAGCAGUGCACCCGAGCCAAAUUGAUUCCAAAUAUUUUAAAGCUAGUCACAGUUCUGCGAGUUUGUGCUCAGGGAUCGUACCAAUUGAGUAUUGGUAAUGAAGGUAUGCUAGGACUUGCUCAACCCAAUGUGUACGAUGAUGCUGAAGAUUUUGAAGUGGAGUCAAAUAACGGAGAAUUAGAAAACAUAAGAAAUGAAAUUUUGAGAAUAUUAUAGAAAAAUCUAAAAAGUAUUAAAUAGAAACCUUUACACCACA